AAGGGGAUCAUUUAUCUGUCCCGUUUAACUUUUUAGUUCUAGGGUUUGGUUUAUUCAGGUGGCCGUUGAAGGAGGAGGGAUCUAAUGGCCGCGGUACAAGGGAUGGACCCGGCGGUGCUAGACGAUAUAAUCAGACGGCUGACGGAAGUCCAAUCAGCCAGGCCAGGGAAACAAGUGCAAUUAUCCGAAUCCGAGAUCAAGCAGCUUUGCGUUGCUUCAAAAGACAUCUUCUCUCAACAGCCGAAUUUGCUUGAACUCGAAGCACCCAUCAAAAUUUGUGGUGACAUACAUGGGCAAUAUAGUGAUUUGUUAAGGCUGUUUGAGUAUGGGGGUUUUCCACCUCAUGCCAAUUACCUAUUUCUAGGCGACUAUGUGGAUCGUGGCAAGCAGAGUUUGGAAACGAUAUGUCUUUUACUUGCUUAUAAGAUAAAGUAUCCGGAGAACUUUUUUCUAUUGCGAGGAAACCAUGAAUGUGCAUCUAUUAAUCGGAUAUAUGGAUUUUAUGAUGAAUGCAAGCGACGGUUUAAUGUGAGACUUUGGAAAAGCUUUACUGAUUGUUUUAACUGCCUUCCCGUGGCUGCUCUUAUAGACGACAAAAUAUUGUGUAUGCAUGGUGGUCUUUCCCCUGACUUGACAAACCUGGAUCAAAUUAGAAACUUAUCUCGACCAACUGCAAUUCCUGACACCGGUUUGCUGUGUGAUUUGCUUUGGUCUGACCCUGAUAGAGAGGUGAAAGGAUGGGGAAUGAAUGACAGAGGAGUUUCAUACACCUUUGGUCCAGACAAGGUGUCUGAAUUCUUGGCAAAGCAUGAUUUAGAUCUUGUCUGCCGUGCACAUCAGGUUGUGGAGGAUGGUUACGAAUUCUUUGCUGAUAGGCAACUUGUUACAAUAUUUUCAGCACCCAACUAUUGUGGUGAAUUUGAUAAUGCUGGUGCAAUGAUGAGUGUCGAUGACAACCUGAUGUGUUCUUUCCAGAUUCUCAAGCCAGCAGAGAAAAAAGCAAAGUUCAUGUCCACUAAAAUGUAAUGGUUGCAGCUAUCAACAUAUAAUGGCGUGCAAGUCUCUACGAAGUUAUCCUUAUCAGUCCCCAAAAAUGGUUGAAACUGAAGAUUGCAGGCUCCGAACUCUUGCCAGAAGAGAUGUAAGCGACGCCUUUGUGGACACCGUUUUGUAGGGUAAAAACGUUUCGAGUCUGCUCUCGUGUAGCAUAACCCACAACUCUAUAUUUUUCUUUAUAGCAGUUAAUCUGCUGUGCAUGUAUAGAUAUAUCUGGUCUGGCAGCUCAUAGGUGUGCUCCGAGUUGUUGGAACAAAUAAAAAGAAUGUGGCCGUGUUCGUCCU